UAUGAGAGAGCGUAUAUCCGGAUACCGUAGAAUGAGGGAGAAAUUCCGUUGCUAACACGCUACACGUGGAGUUUCAGAGAAGAGUUUUCCAAGAAACUCGCAUUUCUCAGUUGUUUUUGAAAUUGAAAACUUUUGUUUUUCGUCAAGUUACUUGAGAAAUAUUUUCUCGCGAUGUUUCUGCAGUUUUACCUGAACGAGAUCGGAGAGAGAGUCUACACUUUGAAGAAGGUGGGUCCUGAUGGGACACCCACUAGCUCCGCCCACCCAGCGCGCUUCUCCCCAGAUGACAAGUUCUCCCGACAUCGGGUGACCAUCAAGAAGCGUUUCAACUUGCUGCUUACACAACAACCAAAGCCUGUUCUGUGAUUAUGAAGUGGACUGGGAGAAGGGGAUAUGGAAAUGGAUAAGACCAAGACUAUGAUGGCUGGAGAUUGGACUGUUAAGAAAGAAGCAAGACACCAUUUUGAGAACUGCAUAUUUGUUUGUCAGUGACAUUUUUUUUUUCUGUGAAUUUAUAUUCAUGUAGAAUAAAACCUCCAGAUGGACUAAA